AGAGGGUGGAGAGGGGGCGGUGGCUGGGCAGUGCCCAGGAUGCGCCCAGUUGCUGAGCUAGUGCCCGAGCCAGAGUUCCGGUGAUAGGCCCGUGCGGAGGGCCGGCACCUUCACCAUGGUCCCGGCUGAGCUGGACUACACAAUCGAGAUCCCGGAUCAGUCCUGCUGGAGCCAGAGUAUGAAACGAGAGGACAGCCCCGGCCAAGGUGGGAAGGAAGCAAGGACGCGGCAGCCUGUGGUGAUUCUCUUGGGCUGGGGUGGCUGCAGGGACAAGAAUCUUGCCAAGUACAGCGCCAUCUACUAUAAAAGGGGCUGCAUCGUGAUCCGAUACACGGCCCCAUGGCACAUGGUCUUCUUCUCUGAGUCCCUGGGAAUCCCUUCACUUCGUGUGUUGGCCCAGAAGCUGCUUGAGCUGCUCUUUGAUUACGAGAUUGAGAGGAAGCCCCUACUUUUCCAUGUGUUCAGCAACGCUGGUGCCAUGGUGUACCGCUAUGUGCUCGAGCUCCUGCAGACGCACGGGCGCUUCUGCCACCUGCGUGUGGUGGGUGCCAUCUUUGACAGUGGUCCUGGUGAUAGCAACCUAGUAGGGGCUCUACGGGCCCUAUCAGUCAUCCUGGAGCACCGACCUGCCAUGCUGCGCCUGUUGCUUCAGGUGGCCUUCGCUCUGGUGGCAGUCCUGUUCCACAUCCUGCUUGCACCACUCACUGCCCUCUUCCACACCCACUUUUAUCACAGGCUACAGGAUGCAAGCUCCCUCUGGCCUGAGCUCUACCUCUACUCGAGGGCUGAUGAGGUAGUCCAGGCCAGGGAUGUGGAACGCAUGGUGGAGGUGCGCAUGGCCCACCAGGUCCUGGUGCGUUCUGUGGACUUUGUGUCGUCUGCACAUGUCAGCCACCUCCGUGACUACCCUACUUACUACUCGAGCCUCUGUGUCGACUUCAUGCACAACUGUGUCCAGUCCUGAGGUCCUGCUCCAGAAAUAAAUGCCUGACAGCUUCCUCAGCUACA